UUGUCGUGACCUCGCCCCCGUGUCAGCCGGCGCCCUAUAUAAGACAUUCACUCUGUCGGCGGCGUCACUCUCAUCCCAGUCAGCGAUAGGCGCGCCAUCACCAGCGAUGCUGCGUUACCAGAGUGUGGGUGUACUGCUGCUGGCGGCGCUGGUCGCCCCCGCCCCCGCCCCGGACGGAGCCUCGUACGGCGCUCCGCCGCCGCUGGGCGGGGGUCGGCCGGCGGGAGGGUUCGGUGGGGCGUCAGGAGGGUUCGGUGGAGCGUCAGGAGGAUUCGGUGGAGCGUCAGGAGGGUUUGGUGGAGCGGCGGGAGGCUACGAUGGAGCAGCGGCAGGGUUCAGCGGAGCGACAGCCGGGUUCGGAGGAGCUACACCGGCAGCAGCGUUCGGUGCCGGUGCCGCCGGUGCUCCCCUCAGAGGAUUCGGUGCCAGCCUCGGUGGCGGCGCCUCCGGCGGCCGGCGCGGUGCCCUGCGGGAGCCUGUGGGACCGGGACUGCGGCCCGACGGCCUGCCCAUCGGGCCCGGCAUGCCCUACAGCUUCAGCUGGGCCGUCGACGAGCCCGACUACGGCAACCAGUACGGCCACGAGGAGGAGAGCGACGGCGUGGUGACGCAGGGUCAGUACCGCGUGCUGCUGCCCGACGGACGCACCCAGAUCGUCACCUACUCGGUGGAGGGCGACAGCGGCUUCCAGGCGCAGGUCACCUACGAGGGCGAGGCGCAGUUCCCGCCGGCCGGCCAGCCCGCGCUGCCGGCCGUGCCGUUCGUCCCUGCCCGGCCGGCCGUUCCGGCCGUUCCCGCCGACCGUUUGCCGUCCGCCAACGGUCGAGUGACACGCCUGGGCGCCGGUCGGACGUUCCCGCAGCGCGUGGCCAUCCAGCGAGGCACGCCGUUCCCUGUGGGUACGGCAGCGGGAGGAGCACGCCGGUAUCCUGAGGACGAUCCCGCCACGCCCAGCACCAGCUACGGCUUCUGAGCGGUGCAGCCGACGCUCAGCGUGAUCCAGUAUUGGUCCAGUGACCCAGCAUUGUUGCUAGCCGAAAGUGGCACUGUUCGCAAUAUCAAUGCCUUUUGAUAUUGUGAUGAACAGUGUGACAAUAACGACGGGCAAGCUUGAUUGUUCGGCUGCCUCUGAAGCAUUGUUCCUUUUUUGUUCGUGUUAAUGCUUUUUGUGUGGGUAUUGUAAAUUAAGGGAAGUGCUGAAGCAUGCACAGUGCACACAUGUAACUUAUGAGGAAAUGUUUGUGUAAAUACAUUCG